ACUCCAACCAACGGUCCAACAGUCCUACCCUAACCCCUUUUUGUCUGUGUCAUUCGCUCUCAAGUCCCACCUAGGGUUACGUUCAGAAUGAAACGUUCCUUUGAAUUCUUCGAGCUAUCAGACGACGACUGGCCUGAAGAACACUCCUUCAAACCCUCAAGAGUCCUGAAAACCGAUCUCGUAGACCUCCCUCCUCCAAUUGAGUCAUUCUCUUAUUCUAAAUCCAACAAUUAUUCUGAACGUCCCACAACCGAUUUUAUUGAAAUUGGCGACAGCUCUUCCGACGAAAUCGGGAAUCAAGCCGAGAAUUUAGAUGACGCGGAAGAGGAGCCAGAGAAGGUGAAGAGAAUCCGCAGCCGUCGUAGAUUCGUCAUUGAGGAUGAGGACGAGGAUGAUGGUCAUGAAGUGAAGCAUACUAAGAUGCCGCGUGCGGUACCAAGAUUUGAUGAUGAUGUUGAAGAGUUGGAAUUGGGGUUGCACUCGGAAUUCGAAGUGCAGGAGCAGGGUCCGGAGGAAGAGAAAAAUGAAACCGAUCUUGUCGUCAAGGCAUUGCACAAAUGCGGUAAAAUAUCUUCUGACCUGAAGAGAGAGCUGUAUGGCUCAGCAAAUACGGCUUGUGAACGCUUCUCCGAAGUUGAAGAAGUUUCUUCACUGAGAAUGGUAUCUCAGGAUGAUGUGAAUGAAGCAUGUGUUGCGGAGGACUCGGAUUUCAAGCCAGUUCUGAAACCAUACCAGCUUGUUGGAGUCAAUUUCCUGAUUCUUUUAUACAGAAAGAAAAUAGGAGGAGCAAUACUGGCAGAUGAGAUGGGUCUUGGCAAGACAAUACAGGCCAUUACAUACUUAACCCUGCUCAACCAUUUGGAACAUGAUAUUGGGCCCCAUUUAAUUGUUUGCCCUGCUUCUCUUUUGGAGAACUGGGAAAGAGAGCUCAAAAAAUGGUGUCCCAAUUUCACUGUCCUUCAAUAUCAUGGUGCUUCCCGGUCUGCUUAUUCCAGAGAUUUGAGCUAUCAGGCUAAGGCUGGAAUACCACCACAAUUUAAUGUUAUACUUGUCUGUUACUCACUCUUUGAACGCCACAGUGCACAACAGAAAGAUGACCGCAAAGUUUUAAAACAGUGGCGAUGGAGCUGUGUUUUACUGGACGAGGCUCAUGCAUUGAAGGAUAAGAAUAGUUACAGAUGGAAAAAUUUAAUGUCCCUGGCACGAAAUGCAAAUCAACGCCUGAUGCUUACAGGAACACCACUGCAGAACGGUUUGCAUGAACUGUGGUCAAUGCUGGAGUUUAUGAUGCCUAAUCUAUUUGAAACAAAAGAUGUUGAUGUGAAAAAACUUUUUAAUGCUGAAGAUAAAGACUUGAUUGCUCAGAUAAAAUCUAUACUUGGGCCAUUUAUUUUGAGAAGAUUGAAAUCAGAUGUAAUGAAGCAGCUGGCCCCCAAGAUUCAAAAGGUUCAUUAUGUAUUCAUGGGGCAAGAACAAGGAGGCGUGUAUAAAGAAGCAAUUGAAAAUUAUCGCACAGCUUCUCUUGCGCGCAUGCGAAAGCUGUCAGGAACUGACUUGAAUAAUGAUGCUGGGGUUUUCCCUAAAAAACAGAUUUCGAACUAUUUUAUUGAAUUCCGCAAGAUUGCAAACCAUCCAUUGUUAGUGAGACGCAUUUACAGUGAUAAUGAUGUUGUUCAAAUUGCUAAAACGCUGCGUGCAAGAGGUGCCUUUGGUUUUGAAUGCACUGUGGACAAAGUUAUUGAAGAACUCAAGGGUUACAAUGACUACUCUAUUCACAAGCUUUUACUAUGUUAUGGUGUGUAUGAUACAAAAGGAGUUCUUUCAGACAAACAUGUUAUGAGUUCAGCAAAGUGUCAGGCGUUAGCCGACAUUCUCCCUUCUCUAAAGAAAUCUGGGCAUCGAGUCCUUAUAUUCAGCCAAUGGACGUCAAUGCUUGACAUCCUUGAAUGGGCUUUGGAUGUCAUAGGAAUCACUUACAGGCGGCUUGAUGGAAGUACUGCUGUGGUAGAGAGACAAUCUCUUGUAGAUACCUUCAAUAAGGACACUUCUAUAUCAGCAUUCUUGCUCUCCACUAGGGCAGGAGGACAGGGGUUGAACCUGACUGGCGCUGAUACUGUGAUAAUACAUGACAUGGAUUUUAAUCCCCAAAUGGACCGUCAAGCUGAAGACCGCUGCCAUCGCAUUGGACAGACAAAACCAGUUACAAUAUACAGACUGGUGACGAGAGAGACUGUUGAUGAGGAUGUAUACCAAAUUGCGAAGCGAAAGCUUACAUUGGACGCAGCAGUUCUCGAGGCUGAAGUUGAAGUGGAAAAUGAAAGAGAUUUCUCUAUCAAGUCUAUGGGGGAGAUCUUAUCAUCACUACUACUUAACACUUCUCAUCCUUAAAUUAUUAUUCAUCAGCGGAAGAAAAAGAAAAGGAAAAAAAUACUCAUUACGGGACAUGCUCUUAAGCUGGAAUUUUCCAAGGUAAAAAUGCAAGAGAAAUUAAUUUUUGUGACAAUCUCUAUCAGGAUAGGUCUGCCUCAGACUUGAUCGCUUUUGGGCCUUCAGAGGAAAUAGAGACCUAUGUCAAGAGUCUUAUGUCCAAGUCUUGCCUAAUUCGAGCAAGGCUUCGAAUAUCUACUCAUUAAACACAUCGAUAUGUAGACAUAGUGGCUGUGUUCUUCAAUUUAUUUCUGUAACAAACCUUACAGAUAAAUCAGAUUGGUAGUACAUAAUAUUAUUAUUAUGCAUAAAAAACCAGAUCAGUCUGGACUAGGUGUAGACCUGUUUUGUUGCUAAUAUAUACUGGCUGUUUCCGGGUAAACUGGCAGGUCCUGGCGGCUUGGUUCUUGAUGGCCUGACUCUCUUUUUAACCCUACAAUUAAUGAAAAUGAAUUAAAAUCA